AUGCUUGAACCAUUUUAUGAUCUAUACCAAACUUUGUCUUGCUAUAAAACUAUACGAAAAAUAAAUAAUUUCGUGUAUACCAAUAAAGAAAAGAUAAAUGAUGAAGAAUCAGAUGUUCUAAAUGAAAAUAAGUAUACUUCUCAUGCGAUAGCCAUUUUAAUGGCCUUAGGAAUCCAAACAUCUUUCUAUAAAUUAAAACGUUUCAAAUUUUUUACAUUUAGACCGUUUUUGCCUCAAUUUCUAGGAGUAAUAACAUCUUGCUCCUUUUUAUAUAUUCAUACAUUAUAUCUAAGCCGAAAUACUAUUGGUAAAUUAAUUCAACUAAACAUAAAACAGAAAAAGGAAGAAGGAAUAUGUCGUUAUAUAGAUGAAAUAUACAAAACAGAAGAACCAAAAGAUUAUAUAUAUUUAAAAAGGAAAACAUUUUAA